AAUUUCAUCAUUAUUUCUUAAAUUUCAUAAUCAUCAUCAUUGAAUCAAUUCGUGUUCCAUUUCACUUUGAAAAAAGAAAAAAAAAUGAAUCAUCCAAUUAAUAGCCUAAUAGGUGGACCAUCCACUGUUGGACACGGAAAUGGUCUUACCGCUACUGCUUCUGUAACAGCUGGAACUGGACCUGGUCCUGGUCCAGGUGGUGGAGGUCCCAAUACAAGUGGUAAUACUGGAGCCGGUUUACCAUUACAACAAAUGUUUGGUUCAUUCGAUGCAAACAUGGCUUCAUCCGUUACAUUAGCCUGCUGUCAAUCAUUAUGCGAUGUACUCACUGAACUUCCAUUACCAACAGCCGUACAGGAUAAAUCGUCGCACACACGUUCAUUGAUUACCGGUUUAAAUGUUAAUAUGACAACGGCAAGAAAUACAUUGCUCAAUGAUUUAACAAUGGUGCCACAAAUACAACAGGCAUUAUUUAUGGCCAAACAACAUUUAAACGAUGUUACAUUUCAUCUUAAUCAUUCACAUCAUAAUUCAUCAACAUCACCGGGAUCCGGUAAUUCAAAUACACAGCAAUCACCAUCAUCGGAUCAACAAACAGCGGCUGGUGGUGGUGGUGGACCAAGUCCAAGUCAUCCUCAACAACCAUCACAAUUAUUACAUGAAUUAUUAGCACGUGGUUGUUUUCUUAAUACAUCUACAGCCGCAUCAUCAACAUCAUCCACACCAUCAUCAUCAGCUACGACACCUGUCAUUGCUGGAAAUGUAUCAUCUAUUUAUCCAUCAUCAUCAUCAUCUUCAUCAGCAGCAGCAGCAGUAGCAACAACAUCGUCUACAACGACCGGCACAGCAGCAGCUACUAUUACGACAACUAAUCAUGAUUUAAAUAAUUCAAUAGUUAAUGAUUUACAUUCAAUUGAACCAUCAAUUGAUGUUCGUCAUAUGCCUGAUUUACAUCAAAAUCUAAUGAAUGAUCUUAUUAAUGAUGAAUGCUGUGAUCCAACAAUGUCAACGACAUCAACCAAUUCAUCAACAUCGAAUGAUCUAUAUUCACAUCAUCAUCCACAUUCUCAUCAACAACAACAACAACAUCAUUCUUCAGUAUUGACCGGCAGCAAUCAUGGACAUCAUUUAAUGUCAAAUAAUAAUAAUAAUAAUAAUGAAUAUUCACAAAUGAAUCAUAAUCAACAACAGCAACAAAGAACCAAUAUUAAUAAUCAACAACAACAUCAUGAUGUAAAUCAAACAAUCAAAAUAGAAUCCGAUCAUCAUUCUCAUCUUACACAACAACAACAACAACAACAAUAUCAGCAACAACAAUUACCAAAUCAGAAUCAAAAUUAUUCAUCACUUGGUGAACGUGUAAAAAGUCGACAAAGAGAAGCAGCAGCCAAAGCUAUACAAGCGAAUGCUGCAACAUUUGGAACAAAUCAACAACAACAACAACAGUCUACGCAACAACAACAACAACCAUUUUAUAAUCAACAACAGAUAAUACCAAAUAAUAAUUCUCAGGCAAUGAUAAUGACCAAUGAUUCAAUAUCAACUGAACCAUUAUAUAAUAAUAAUAAUUCGAAUUCAAUGAAUCAAAUGCCAAUGACACGAACAAUGACUGCAGCGGCUAAUAUUAAGAAUGAAUUCGGUACACAAUCAUCAUCAUCAUCAUCGAUUGAUGAUAAAGAUUGGCAGCUACCUGCUGGUACUGUUGUUGCUGCUGCUUCUGCAACAUCAUCAUCUUCAUCAAUGCCUCAACGUAAAUCUUCCACUACAUCAUCAUCGACAAUAAUAAAUUAUAAUCGUAAACCAUUAUAUCAACAACCACCGGCAAGGCCUAAAGUAGAAUUGGUCAAACCACAGAUACGUUCAGUUAAAUAUCAAUUUACUGAUAUUGAUAAUGAUGCGAUAUUUUUAUCAAAAUCUGUUGAUAUUGUUGUAAGAUUUGAACAAAUAAUUGAUCAAAUUUUACAAACAUCGUGCAAUGAUUUUAAUGAUUAUUAUAAUGAAUUAUAUGCCGGUGAUGGAUCCAAUACAGUCGCUGGUAUGGGUCAUGGUUAUAAUGAUACAAGUGAUAAUGAUGGUUAUUAUAAUUCUGGAUAUGAAAAUAAUAAUAAUAAUCAAUACCAAAAAUAUCAUCAACAACAUCAUAAUCGUAAUAAUAAUAAACGUAUUAAAUCCGGAUAUGAUAUGGCUACUGCAACAGCAGCAGCAGCAAAUCAUAUGAAUGGAAUGUCAUUCAACGUAUCAAUCGAUUCGGAUCAAUUAAAAGAAAUAAUGAUUUUAUCGGCCAAAUUAAAACAAACAAAUCGUAUUGGUGAAAUUGAACGAAAAAAAUUGAUACUAUUUUUAACAAUAUUAUCAAAUCAAUUGAAUAUUUGGUUAACAAGGUAUAAAAGUAAAUCAUCAGUUGCAGCAAUGUCACAUCAUCAUAAUGAUUCAUCUCAAAUGAACAAUAAUUCGGAUAAUAAUGAUGAUGAUAAUGAAAAUGAACGUCAACAUUAUUGGGAAUUAUGUUGUAAUGCAUCACAAUCAGCAUUACAUUUAAUGACAUCAACAACACAGAAUCAAUCAUCAUCAUCAUCUGGUUCUGAUCAAACACAAUUGAUUAGUUUGGAAGAAUUGAUCGAAGUAAUUGUUGAUUUUCUUUCCAAUAAUUUAAGUUCUGCAACACAUGUAACAACAUCGACUCCAAAAUCAAAAUCAAAAUCAUCAUCAAAUCAUCAUCAUCAUCAUCAAUAUCAACAUUUUGGUGUAUCAAAACGACAUGUAACAAGAUGGACACAAUUAUUACAAUUAAUAUUUGAAUUUAUUAAUCUUCGAACAAAAGGUUCAUUAACAGAUACAUUGAUAUUAUCAUUAACACGGAUCUCAAUGAGUGCCUUGUUUUUGUUACAAAAUACGGCCGAAAUGCAAUUUGUUUCGAUCGAAAUAUUAUGUCAUGUAUUUGAAGAAUAUCAAAAACAUCGUAUAUCGAUACUUGAAGAGCUAUUAAAUUCUUUAUCAAAAAUACCAACAAAAAAAUCACAUCGAAAAGAUUCGGUAUUAACACAAAUGUUAAUACGUUUGACAAAUGCAUUCUUUCAACCGGAUACAACAAUAACGCACACACGUGAUUCAUUAACAAAACAAUCGACAGCCGCUUUACAAAUAAUUAGUAGUUUUCUUUCACAUUUUCUUCGUAAAUGUCAUCAACAUUCAUCAUCGGGUAGUAAUUCUGAUGUUGAUUUUAAACUAAUAUUUGAAUCAUUAUUAAAUGAUCUAUUGGAUCAAAUACAUUCACCACAUCAAACGGCAUCAAUAUUGAUUGUACAGGUUAUAAUUAAAUUGUUGAUUUCAUAUCUUGCACCACAACAGCAAAAUAAAUCAACACAAACAUCAUCAUUAGCGGCACGUUUAUUAGCCAUUGAAUAUCUAUCUAUUGUUUGUUCAAAAUUUGCACAAUUUUUAGCCGAAAAAGAUGAAACGAUUAAAGAAUUGCAGACAACAUUUUCCACUAUCGAACAAGAACCAGAUGUUAAACCAGUAAAAAAGAAUAAACAUCGUGAUAAACAACAACAGCAACAGGAAUCAGAACAGAAACAAAAAGAUGAAAAUUUUGUUGCCAAAGUUUGGAAUUAUCUUAUCGAUUAUUUUAAUUCGGAAAAAUUAUAUCGUGAAAAACUUUGUCUUGGUUCGAUUUGGUUGAAGGAUAAAUAUUUUAUUGAAAAUGAACGAAAUGAACAAGAUUUCCUACAAAAAUUGAAUCAAUCAAAAUUUAAUGAAGAUUCUGGUUCGGUUGUUGCCAUUUCUACUGCCGCCUUAUGUAUACAGUAUAUGGAAUUUGUUCAUUUUUCAACAAAUUCUCGUUUGUUUGACAUAUCGAUCUCACAUGUGACAGCAUCAUUAUCGAAUACAUCGAACACAACGCAAAGAAGCCGUGCAAUGAAAUGUUUAUCGAAUAUACUUAGUUCAAGUACAAUUGAUCGUGCUACACAGCUUUUAUCUCGUACAGAUUUACAAAAUGCAAUGCGUUCAGCAUUACUUGAUCCUUCUACAUCGGUACGUGAAGCAACUGUUGAUCUAAUUGGUAGAUUUGUAUUACAAUCAAAAGAUCAGAAUCUUGUUCAACGUUAUUCCGAUUUGAUUGGUGAUCGUAUUCUUGAUACGGGUAUUUCUGUACGUAAACGUGUGAUCAAAAUACUUCGAGAUUUUUGUAUUGAAUUUCCUGAAUAUGAAAAAUGUGGUGAAAUGGCCGUAAAAAUUGUACGAAGAAUUAAUGAUGAUGGUGAAGGUAUACGAAGACUUGUUGUCGAUACAUGUCGUGAUCUUUGGUUUACGAAUACUACACAAGGAACACCGAUCAAAUACAAAGUAUAUUCCUUAUUACAUGUAAUUGCCAAUAUGAUCAAUGAUAAUGCAUCAAUGGAAUCGAUGCAAUCAUUAUUCGAUCAGCUUAUUAAAUCUGAUACGAUGCCAAUCGCACAACAGAUUUGUGAUUCAAUCAUGAACGAUGUUUUAAUCGAUGAUAUGCCACAAUCGUCAAAGAAAACUCAAUUAAGUGCCGUACAAUGUGUUGUUAUGAUGUCACAAUGUUGUCCAGAAUUGAUGGUUAAACAUUGUGAUACAUUACAAUCAUUAAUGUCAUUACCAUGUGAAACAUUGAUUGAAAUUUCUUUACGUAUGAAAGUCAUACAGACUAUUGAACUUGUAUUACCACAUAUCAAUAAUCCAUCACCAUAUCUGGUGACACGUAUUGAAGAAGAUUUGACUAAAAAUAUUCUACAAUCUACGGCAAAUGUUAUACAAUGUUCAGUAAAAUGUUUAUCUGUUCUAAUCAAAUAUCAUACGAAGAAUACAAAAUUGGCUGUGGAAUUAUUCUGUAAAUUUCAACAAAUACUCUAUCAAUAUAAAAAUCUAUUAUAUGAAGGUCAUAAUGAACCGCUUGUCAAACCGAAAUUAUUACGUGCCAUUUAUACUUGUGGUCUUUUUGCCAAAUUUUUCUCGUUCCAUAUCUAUGAAUAUAAGGAUCGUGUAAGAGAUACUUUCAUCGAAUUGAUUCUUUCUCCAUAUGAUGUUGAUAUUAAAUGUAAAUCAAUUGUUGCACUUGGUUUCAUUAUUGAAUCUGAUCCAAAAAUAUGUCUAUUACCAAAUGUGAUUGAAAUCUAUACAAGAAUAUUACGAAAUGAAUACUCGGAAAAUGUUAGCAUUCAAUCGAUAAGUCGUAAAAAUGAUGAAAUGUUUUGUAUUCAGGUAUUGAAUAAUUUUCGUAAUUAUCUAUCCGAAUCGAUUGAAUUGGAUGAGAAUGCUGUAAAGACUAUUGAAUGGGCACGUGAAUCAUUAAAAUCAAUGCAAUCAUCUGAAGAUGAUUCAGGUUCAACACAAUCACAGAUUAUACAAAAAUAUCUAAGUUCAAUAUUAAUCAAUGCAUUGAAUCCAAAUCUAUCGAUUCGUCGUGUUGCUUGUAAUGUAAUACAUGUUAUACAUUCUGGUGGUCAUGUACAUCCACUUCAGCUUGUUCCGCAUUUGGUUGCCAUGACAUGUGAUGAUGAUUAUCAGAUACGUGUUCGUGCUGAUCAUGUUCUUCAUGAUAUUGAACGAAAAUAUCAUGGCUAUGUUGCCAUGAAAGCCAAAGAAGCUGUACAAUUAUCUGCAUUAUUUUGUAAAAAAUUAAAUUGUUCCGGUUUUAGAAUUUUUAUGGAAAAAUCAUCAACAUCGACUGCCACACAAGAUGGACAGACUUUGAUCUCAAUGCCAACUACUUCAAAAGAAAUUUGUUCUCGUUUGAGUACAUUAUAUCAGGUUAUCUGUACAAAUCGUCAAUCAAGACGUGGAUUCAUCACAUCAUUACUUAGACAUUUUGAUACAUCGGAAUUUGUUGUAAAAACAACAAAUCAAACAAAUAGUCAAUCAUCAACACCUGAAACAUCAUCAUCAUCAACAACAUCAAAUACAAAACCAGAAUUGAUUGAUAUUGAAUUUUUUGUCGAAAGUAUAUUAUUUUUUCCAUACACUGUAUACGAUGAAAUACUUUACAUUUUAAAUCAAUUAGAAUGUACAAGUUCAAUCAAUUCAACACAUGUUACUCAAUUAUUCAAAGAAAUUUUCAUAGUCGAACGAUCUCAGCAAUCAUUAUCAUCUGAACAACAACAACAACAGAAUCCGAUUGUAUCUCAACAAUUUAAUAAUCCAUCAUCUUUAGAUCCAUUGUUACAAGGAUUAAUGAAUCAACAACCUCAAAUUAUAUAUGAUCAUAUGGGCAAUGCGCAAAUGAUUUACCCUGAUAAUCAACAACAACAAAUGAUGAUAAAUCAAUAUCAACAAUCUCAACAACAACAACAACAAUCGAAUAUCAUUGAUAUUGAAGAUAUUGAUUUGGAGAAUGAAGAGCAAUUUAAAAAAUAUGAAAGCAAUAUUCAUGUCAAUUUUGAUCUAUUAUUAACUGAUCGUCAUAAUGAACGUUUAAAUAAUCUAAUACGAUCAUUACGAACAAUUUAUCUACAAACAUUAUUACGAACAAUGUUGAAAGAAUUUUAUCUGUUAAAAGAUGAAAAAAUUAAUGAUUAUAGUACGAAUGAUGCAAAAACAUGGGAAAAACCUAUUCAUCGUCGACAGAUUGAAAGUUUACAGUUGAGAGAAUUGUUUAAUUUGGCAAAACCAAAUAUUGAUAUACAAGAAUCAUUAUUAUUAAGUAAUGAUCUUCAAGGUGUUGAAAAACAAUUAUUAAAUGAAUGGAAACGAUUUCGACAAGUUUCGUUAAAUAAUUUUGAUCCAAAUUUUAAGCCAACAUUAUUGGCGAAAUUUUUUCAAUUUGGUUCAUCAAAAUCUUCAGCAGCAACAGUACAAGCGGUUGCUCCAUCCACAGCAAAUGUUGAUCAAAGAAACCGUACACCUGAUGAAUCUCAACCACAAGGUAAUGAAGAAAUCGCAGCAGUGACCAAUUGCGUUGAUAAUCCGAAUAUGAUUAUAUCUGCCGAUCAAACACCAAACAAACAGCAACAACGUAUACAGACUGCCAAAAUGAAUAACAGCAAUAAAAAAUCAAGCACAAAAUCAUCUACCACGAAAAAGAAACGUAAACGGAUCGUUUUUGAUGAUGAUUCGGAUGAAUCACCAUCCGAAGAUGAUGACGAUGAUGAUGAAGAUUAUCAACAAGGAUUUUGAUCUAUUAAUUUAUGACCAAAAA